CCGCUCGCGGCUCCGGCACCGAUGGCGGCGGCGCUGGGGAGGGCGCGGGCCGCCCGCGGGCUGAGGAGGGCGCUAGAGCAGCAUUGGCUAUGGACGCUGGGAAUUGUAAGAUACGCCUCAACAGGCAAUGGCAGGAUCGAGAAAGUUCUGAUUGCAAAUCGGGGAGAGAUUGCCUGCCGGGUGAUGCGCACGGCGAAGCGGAUGGGUGUGCGCUCCGUAGCAGUUUACAGCGAAGCAGACAAAAACUCCAUGCAUGUGGCAAUGGCGGAUGAGGCUUAUCACAUAGGACCAGCGGCUUCCCAGCAGAGUUACCUGAACAUGGAGAAGAUAAUCCAGGUGGCCAAAUCAGCAGCGGUCCAGGCCAUCCAUCCAGGCUAUGGUUUCCUUUCAGAAAACACAGAAUUUGCAGAGUGGUGUAAAAAGGAGAACAUCAUCUUCAUUGGACCCCCUUCAUCAGCUAUAAGAGACAUGGGUAUCAAGAGUACGUCAAAGUCUAUAAUGUCAGCUGCUGGUGUGCCUAUAAUUGAAGGUUACCAUGGAGAAGAGCAGUCUGAUCAACGUUUAAUGGAGGAAGCCAAAAUAAUUGGGUUUCCUGUGAUGGUCAAGGCGGUUCGAGGUGGAGGUGGGAAGGGGAUGCGUAUUGCUCGCUCAGAGGCUGAAUUUUUCGACCAGCUGGAAUCUGCACGAAGGGAAGCGAGGAAGUCCUUCAAUGAUGAUGUUAUGCUAAUAGAAAAGUUUGUGGACCGCCCAAGACAUGUGGAAGUGCAAGUGUUUGGUGACCACUAUGGAAAUGCCGUUUAUUUGUUCGAGAGAGACUGCAGUGUGCAAAGGAGACAUCAGAAAAUCAUUGAGGAAGCUCCUGGGCCUGGAAUCAGUGCUGAGGUGAGAAGAUUGGGAGAAGCUGCUGUCCGGGCGGCCAAAGCUGUUAGUUAUGUAGGAGCUGGGACGGUUGAAUUUAUCAUGGAUGCUAAGGAUAAUUUCUAUUUCAUGGAAAUGAACACCAGACUGCAGGUGGAGCACCCAGUGACUGAGAUGGUAACAGGAACUGACCUUGUGGAAUGGCAGCUGCGGGUGGCUGCUGGCGAGAAGCUACCCUUGAUGCAGGACGAGCUCUCUGUGCAGGGCCAUGCUUUCGAAGCCAGGAUUUACGCCGAGGAUCCAGACACUGACUUCAUGCCGGGCGCAGGGCCUCUACUUCACCUCUCCACACCUGCACCGGACACAUUUACAAGAAUUGAGACUGGAGUCAGGCAAGGUGAUGAUGUCUCUGUGCACUAUGACCCUAUGAUCGCGAAGCUGGUAGUUUGGGGUGAGGACCGCACGGCAGCACUGAGCAAAUUGAAGUAUUGCUUGCGUCAGUACAACAUUGUAGGUCUAAGCACCAACGUCGAUUUCUUGCUUAGCCUGGCCACACACCCUGAAUUUGAGGCUGGAAAUGUGCACACUGACUUCAUCCCGCAACACUGCAAUGACCUGUUCCCAGCAAAGAAACCCCUCAGCAGAGAGGUCCUGUGCCAGGCAGCUCUCGGUCACAUAUUGCAGGAACGGACUCAAACCAACACGUUCAGAGCACAGUCACACGAUCCUUUUUCUCCAUUCGCCAGCAGCAAUGGGAGGAGGUUAAAUGUUGUGUACAUCAGAAACCUAACACUACAAGAUGGAGAGAACAAAGUGGAUGUGGCUGUUGAAUAUAACCAUGAUGGAACCUAUAAUGUGCAGAUUGAUGGACAGGUGUUCCACGUGUUUGGGGAACUGAUCCAGGAGCCACAUGCCACGUAUCUGAGCUGCUCUAUCAAUGGAAUGGUUUCCAGGCCCAAGUUAGUUAUCACAGAUAACAGUCUUCAUCUGUUUUCAAAGGAGGGAAGUGCCCAGGUUAAUAGCCCUGUGGCCAAGUAUUUGACCGGAAUCGAUACCUUUGUCUCUCAGGGAGGAGCAGUGGCACCAAUGACAGGAACUAUUGAAAAGGUGUUUGUUAAGGAGGGUGACCUGGUGCAGAUUGGGGAUCCUCUGAUGGUGAUGAUAGCCAUGAAAAUGGAGCACACCAUCCGAGCUCCAAAAGCAGGCGUAAUUGAAAAGGUUCUGUUCAAAGAGGGAUCGCAAGCAAACAGGCAUGCUGCAUUGGUAACGUUUGUAGAGGAAGAGGAUUCGAAAUGAGUUUGGCUGCCUUAAUCUGCCUUAAUCUGCUUUAGGAACUAGCGUUGUCGUGAUUCCCCUCCGAUGAUCACUGAGUGAAGUUACACGCUCCUAACUCCACAACUUGAAUGGACUGUAUAUUAAAAUGAAGAGUUUUAUAUCCAUACUUUUAAUGAGCCUGAAAACCCAACAAUAAAUAAUUAUGUAUUAA